CACGUCGGAACUUGGCUUGACGUCUUCAAGCUUCCACCUCAAACCCUACUCGGUGCAGUUUCGGAGCCUCACCACACAUCAAGAUGGCUCCAGGACAGGAUACCAUGCUCCGCUCCGCGGAGAUGAGCAUGGUGCAGCUCUACAUCAGUAAUGAGAUAGGCAGAGAGGUGGCCACCAGCCUAGGGGAGCUGGGGCUGGUGGCAUUUCGAGAUCUUAACAGCGAGCUUAGCGCGUUUCAACGAACCUUUACGCAAGAAAUUCGACGCUUGGAUAAUGUCGAGCGCCAACUGCGAUACUUCUACACCCAAAUUCAGAAGAAUGAUAUUCCUUUGCGAAAAUUCGAUGUGGACAAUGAGCGACUCGCCAACCCCUCCACUUCGGAAAUAGAUGAACUCGCCGAGCGGUGCCAGACUCUCGAGCAACGCAUCUUCCAGCUCAACGACAGCUACGAGACGUUGAAGAAGCGGGAGGUUGAUUUGACUGAAUGGCGAUGGGUUCUCCGGGAGGCUGGCGGCUUCUUCGACCGCGCCUACGACAGCGUUGUGGAAGAUAUCCGCACCUCUACCGAUAACGAUGAUGCACCUCUUCUGCAGGAUGUCGAGCAGCAUCACACGGCCGCCGAUGUUGAGCGAUCCUUCUCUGGCGUCAACAUUGGUUUCGUCGCUGGUGUCAUUGACCGGAGCCGCAUGGCCGUUUUUGAGCGCUCCAUGUGGCGCUCCCUCCGUGGUAACCUUUUCAUGAAUUCCUCGGAGAUUCCGGAGCCUCUGAUCGAUCCCGCCACCAACGAUAAGGUUCACAAGAGCGUCUUCGUCAUCUUUGCCCAUGGCAGGGAGAUUCUGGCCAAGAUUCGCAAGAUCGCAGAGGCGUUAGGGGCGAAUUUGUACAGCGUCGAUGAGAAUAGCGACCUCCGUCGUGACCAAGUCCACGAGGUCAAUGCUCGGCUCAAUGACGUGCAGAGCGUUCUCCGCAAUACGGAGCAGACCCUUCAUGCCGAGCUCGCUCAGAUCUCUCAGGCCUUGUCGGCUUGGAUGGUUCUGAUCACCAAGGAGAAGGCUGUAUACGACACCCUCAACAACUUCUCGUAUGACCAUAGUCGUCGCACUCUCAUUGCCGAGGGCUGGGCUCCAACCAACGACGUCAACCGGAUUCGAGCCACCUUGCAGGAGGUCACAAACAAUGCUGGACUGUCGGUACCGUCCAUUAUCAACGAAAUUAAGACGAACAAGACGCCUCCCACAUACAUCAAGACAAACAAGUUCACCGAGGCUUUCCAGACAAUCGUGAAUGCAUACGGAACUCCCACCUACUCCGAGUUCAACCCCGGAAUUCCCACCAUUGUGUUUUUCCCCUUCCUCUUCGCCACCAUGUUCGGAGACAUUGGCCAUGCUAUAAUCAUGGGACUCGCCGCGUUGGCCAUGAUCUACUGGGAGAAGCCCCUGAAGAAGGUCACUUUCGAGCUCUUCGCCAUGCUCUACUAUGGCCGAUACAUCGCCCUCCUCAUGGCCGUCUUUUCGAUGUUCACGGGUUUGAUGUACAACGACAUCUUUUCUCAGUCCCUGACUCUCUGGAACAGCGCCUGGCACUGGAAGGUCCCGGAUGACUACAAAGAGGGCCAACCCCUCGUUGCUGAGCUCAACGACUCGGGUUACCGUUACCCCUUCGGUCUUGACUGGAUCUGGCACGGGACAGAGAACGACUUGCUGUUUACAAACAGCUAUAAGAUGAAGCUGUCUAUCAUUUUCGCCUACUUCCACAUGACAUACUCUCUCAUUCUAUCAUACAUCAACGCCCGCCACUUCAAGAAGCCCAUCGACAUCUGGGGCAACUUUGUUCCGGGCAUGAUUUUCUUCCAGGCCAUCUUCGGUUACCUCGUCGGCUGCAUCUUUUACAAGUGGUCGGUCAACUGGAACGACCCCACGAACCCUCGCCAGCCACCCGGUCUCCUUAACAUGUUGAUUUUCAUGUUCCUGCAGCCCGGAACGUUGGACAUCCAGUUCUAUCCCGGCCAAGCCGGCGUGCAGGUCUUUCUCCUCCUUCUCGCCGUCGUCCAAGUACCCGUCCUCUUGUUCUUGAAGCCUUUCUAUCUUCGCUGGGAGCACAACAAAGCCCGCGCCAAGGGUUAUAGGGCUAUUGGCGAGAGGUCAAGAGUCAGUGCUCUGGAUGGCGACGACGAGGACGGCAAUGGCCACGCGGUCGGUGGCCGUCACAGCACCGAAUCCGACGGCGAAGGCGUGGCCAUGCUCACGCAGGACUUGCACGGCGAAGAGGAGCACGAAGAGUUUGAGUUUAGCGAACACCUGAUUGAACAAAUUAUCCAUACCAUUGAAUUCUGUCUCAACUGCGUCUCCCAUACGGCUUCGUACCUCCGGCUUUGGGCCCUGUCCCUUGCUCAUCAGCAGCUCAGCGUCGUCCUCUGGUCCAUGACGCUUGGACCCGCGCUCGGAAAUACCGGCGUGGCCGGCGUCAUAAUGCUGGUCUUCUCAUUCUAUUUGUGGUUCGUCUUGACGAUAGCCAUUCUCGUCCUGAUGGAGGGUACCAGUGCCAUGCUGCACUCCCUGCGACUUUCCUGGGUCGAGUCAUUCUCCAAGUUCGCCCAGUUCGGCGGCUGGCCGUUCACUCCCUUUUCCUUUGCUGCUACACUAGAAGAGUCAGAGGAGCUGAAGGAGUUCUUGUGUUAAAGCUGCGUGAUGCGUCUUCCGAAACCACACGCUGCGGUUUGAAGAAAGGCCUAAUUACAGGUGGCUUUUGUCUCGUUGUAGUCUAGUUGUCUUUCUGUAACAUAUUACUUCAUAAUGUGGAAUCCGUUCAAUUGACAAU